GUUUCAUUUCAUCAACAAAUAUGGCCACCGACAGCAACUACUGGGAAGACCUGCGAAAGCAGGCCAGGCAGCUGGAGAACGAGCUGGACCUUAAGAUAGUAUCCUUCAGUAAGCUUUGUACCAGCUACACUACAUCCCGUGAUCCUCGCCAUGGAGUUACCAGGUUAGACUCGUUACCCCUGUUGGCGGGUUCUCAGAAUGGCACAGGCUUACUGGACACCGUGACUACAGAACUGGAGCAGCUGUUGGCCAGGCUGACAGGUGUGAAUGACAUGAUGUCAGAAUACACUAGUACACCAGGAACCUCGUCACACAACACUGCCCAGAUGCACACUUUGCAGAGACACAGAGACAUCCUACUGCACUACCUCGUCCCUGCGCUGCAGGACUACACCCAUGAAUUCCACAAAACAAGAGGAAGCUUUCUUAGCCUGAGAGAGCGAGAGGACUUGCUGGGGUCUGUCCACAGAGACAUAGAGUCAUAUAAGAGUGGCACAGGGGUGAAUAACAGAAGGAGUGAACUAUUACUGAAAGAACACGAACACCUGAGGAACUCGGACAGACGGAUUGAUGACACGAUAAGUAUUGCCAUGGCUACCAAGGAGAACAUGACGCUUCAGCGAGGGAUGCUGAGGUCUGUUCAAAACAGGGUCAAUACUCUGUCCAAUCGUUUCCCAGCCAUAAACAACCUCAUCCAGCGAAUCAACUUGAGGAAGAGGAGGGACUCAAUAAUAUUUGGUGGCGUUAUUGGUGUCUGCACCUUCCUCUUGCUCCUCUACACCUUUCACUAACACCUUGGCAGACAUUUUCACUGACAAACUGGCUCUCAUCUACUCUGCGCUGAGGGAAUUGAUCGCAAUUGAAAACAUUCUUGUCAAAUGUAUGUAUUUAUAUUUUUAUCUGAUAUGUUUGUUUUAUAAUAUAUUAUGUAUGGAUUAAAUGAAGUUUUUGGAGA